AUGUGUAUGUAUUUCAUGGCAGUGCUAAUGACGUCGUGACGUGUCGCGAUUCGUGACAAAUUAGCAAGGUUUAGAAGCGAGGAAUGGUUCUUUAAACAUAAUUUUGUGAAAUACUUACUGAGAGAUGUUAACAAAAUUUGAGACAAAAUCUGCUCGUGUAAAAGGGAUCUCUUUUCAUCCAAAACGUCCAUGGGUGCUUGUAAG